AUCUUUCCUUCGCGGAUGCCACUCCCGCUGGGAGGUGCCAUCCAGUACCUGUCUAUGCCUCAGUUAUCCUCUGCCUGCUGCGCUUUCACCAGCCACAGGGUGGCCCUGGCAUAAAGUUUUUAGAGCUGUAACCCUUUUUAAUAAUAAGCCUGCACCUGUACCUUGUUCAUGCAUCCAACCAAAAGCGACUGAGUGACCCUCAUUUUCAUGGAGUUCCAAGACAGCAAACAGCUGAGCCACUGCCUUCAUGGGGCUAACAGAGUAACACCUGCCGUGCUGCACACUUGUCAGAUUGCCUAGUUGGAGCCUCACAGCCGUCCUGGAAAAGAAAAAUGGCAGGGUUUGGUGUGGCUAAUGUAAAAGCAGCCCCCAAAAUAAUUGACACAAAAGGAGGCUUUAUUUUAGAAGAGGAAGAAGAAGAACAUAAAAUUGGAAACAUUGUUCAUCAACCAGGACCUGUUAUGGAAUUUGAUUAUGUAAUAUGUGAAGAAUGUGGGAAAGAAUUUAUGGAUUCUUAUCUUAUGAAACACUUUGAUUUGGCAACUUGUGAUAACUGCAGAGAUGCUGAUGAGAAACACAAGCUUAUUACCAAAACAGAAGCAAAACAAGAAUACCUCCUGAAGGACUGUGAUUUAGAAAAAAGAGAACCAGCUCUUAAAUUUAUUGUGAAGAAGAAUCCUCAUCAUUCACAAUGGGGUGAUAUGAAACUCUACUUAAAAUUACAGAUUGUGAAGAGGUCCCUUGAAGUUUGGGGUAGUCAGGAAGCACUAGAAGAAGCAAAGGAAGUGAGACAAGAAAACAGAGAAAAAAUGAAACAAAAGAAGUUUGAUAAAAAAGUAAAAGGAGAGGUAGCAGCUCUCUGUGUUGUGAAGCUCUGGGCCGAGAGUACUAGGGGCCGUCACAGUGUCAGCCUGUUUUGUUCUCUGGCUUCACUUUGGCUUUCAGGCUGUGCAGGGUGUCCAUCUGCCUUGGUUCCCAAUGCACCCCCAAGAAUUGCGCCGGGCAGUAAGGAGCAGUGUAUGGAAAAGAGAAUUGACUGCUCAUCAACAUGAGUAUGGACCAGAAGAAAACUUAGAAGAUGACAUGUACCGCAAGACUUGUACUGUGUGUGGCCAUGAACUGACAUAUGAAAAAAUGUGAUUUUUUUAGUUUCACUUGACAUUUUUUAACAGAAAUUUAUAUUUAAAUAAAGGAAAUUAGAUUGGCUUUAUUCAGAAUUCA